CUGAGGUAUAAAAGACAGGAGCAUUAGGCGUGGAAUCAGUCUUGACUCAAAGAAGGCUCGUUAAACCGGAGGAACAGAGCUUCAUCGAACCCACCAUGGGGGACACAAAGCUCUGCCUUUUGCUCCUUCUGUGCACCUUUGCCUUUGCCCAAGAAGGCAUCAGCAGUGCUGAGGACCAAUCUCCAACAUGCUUAUUGGCAACAAGGUUUAAGAGCUUUGAGAAAUAUGUGUACCAGUACGAGGCUGAGAACCUGAACGGAGUGAAUGGAGCAUCUGACCUCAAGAAUGGCCCCAAAGUUACCUGUAAGGUGGAGAUCGAUGUGCCUCAGACAUGCAGCUACAUUGUGCGCACCCCCGAGUGCACGCUGAGCGAGGUGUCCGACGUCGACCCCGCGGGGCUGCUUGUGUACAGACCUGCUGCUGGAGCUGAUGCUUUCCAAGCUGCAAUGGCAAAGAAUACACUGAAGUUGACUGUGGAAGGAGAAUCCAAGGUCAGCCUGUUCCCUGAAGAGGAUGAGCCCAUCAACAUCCUCAACAUCAAGAGAGGAAUCAUCUCUGCCCUCUUGGUGCCCGUGUUAGAGGAGGAGAGCAACAAAAACAUGGCCACUCUGCAUGGCAUGUGCAAGACCGACUUUGCUGUCAACACGAGGGAGGAUAUUGCCACCGAUGUCACAGUCACAAGAGACCUGUCCAGUUGCGAUGGUUUCAGUGCCAAGAAAGACUUUGCCAGCCCCCUGGCACUCAUCUCCGGCCUGCACAUUCCUCUCUCCAAACUGAUAAGCAGCACUCAGACCUGCAACUACAAGUUUGACAACACAAAGAAGCACAUGACUGAGGGUAUCUGCACUGAGAAGCACAUCUUUCUGCCUUUCUCUCACCAAGGGGAGUAUGGAAUUUCAACCCUGGUUAGACAGACCUUGACCCUACUAGAGACAAGCAAGAUCAAUGACAGAGUCUUCGACCACAAUGAGGCUAACCUGAAGGCCCUGCAUAUGGAGGCUGUUGAAGAUAAGUCCCCUGCUCAAACUAAGGAUGUUAUUCUGGCCACUCUGAGGGAACUAAGCACCCUGUCUCAGACACAGCAAGGGAAACAGAGGGCACACCUCUUCCAGAAGCUGGUGACAGAGAUCCGAGGGCUGAAGAGUGAGACACUGACCCCAGCUGUCCCAGAGAUGGUGGAGGUGUCAGGCCCCCUGACUUGGCAGGCUUUGGCCCAGUGUGGAACACCCGAAUGCAGUAGCGCCAUCCUGCAGAUCCUGCGCACCAUGGACAAAAGUGCUGUGGAGGUUGAUGCUGCUGUUUACGCAAUGGGGCUCCUGUCCAACCCAAACAACCAACUUGUCCAAGACAUGUUGAACAUGGCAAAGUACAAACAGAGCAAGCCUAUUUUGUACACCCUGAGCAACAUUGUUAAAAGAUUCUACCAGGCUGAGGGCAAACUCACCCCUGAGAUCAUUGAAGUAGCUCAGUUCAUGGCUUCCUUACUGGGCAGUGACUGUGCAGGUGACAAGGACCAAAUAUUCCUAGCCUUGAGGGUUGUUGGUAAUAUGGGGAAAGCUAUGGAGGCUGCUGAUCCUGAAGUGAAAUCCACUCUCCUCAAAUGCAUGAGACAGCCUGCAACCACACUAUCUGUCCAGCAGGCUGCCAUCCAAGCCUUCAGACAGAUGACAGUCACUGGAGAGGUGCGGACUAACCUCCAAAAGGUAUUCCAGUACAAUAAGGGUGCUGUGCAAAAGCGACUUGCUGCCUACCUGAUCUUGAUGAAGAACCCUGAGUUAUCUGACCUGGAGUUGGUGAAGAAAACCCUCAAUCAAGAGCAAAAUAUGCAGGUCAAGAAUUUUGUGGCCUCUCACAUCUACAAUAUCGUCAACUCAAAGGAUGCUGGAACAGAAGAGUUAAGAACCAAGAUCAUGGAUGUUAUGCAGGACCAAGAGAUUUCCACUCACUUCAAUUUCAACAAGUUCUCUCGCAACUACAAAAUGGACACUUCUGUAUCAAUGCAAGACCCUAUGAAGGCCAGUGUGCAAGGAAAUAUGAUCUUUGACCCCACAGGCUACAUGCCGAAAGAGGUGAUGUUGGAGACUACACUGAAAGCCUUUGGAUACAACCUAGACAUGUUGGAGGUUGGAAUGGAAGGAAAGGGGUUCGAGCCAACCAUUGAGGCUCUGUUUGGAGAGAACGGCUUUUUCCCUGAUACCAUCUCAAAGGCCAUGUACUGGGCUGAGGACAAGAUGCCAAGCAAAGUCAAGCAAGUUCUGAACAACUGGAUUGAUCCAGAGGGGAAUGGGAGAAUGAAGAGACAGGUUCCAGAGAACAUCAUGAGGGAAAUUGCACACAAUGCCAACAAGCUUGUGAAGGAGCUGCAGUCCCAGGAUUCCCCAGAGGCUACAGCCUACUUGAGGAUCAUGGGAGCUGAGCUUGGAUAUAUGAAGGCUAGUGAUCUGAAAAGCCUGGCCCAGUCUGGAACUGUAUAUGCUGAGAUGCUUACCAGGAUGAUGCCAUCCAAGUUCUUGAAAUCCCUGAUAUCUAGUACAGACAAUGAGUUCUUUGUCCACUACAUCUUUAUGGACAAUGAAUUUUCACUGCCAACUUCAUCUGGCUUGCCUCUGAAAGUUUCUUUAUCUGGAACUGUUGCCCCCGGAGCCAAAGGAGGGCUACACAUCUCACCCAGCAUGCAUGAAUUGUCUUUCAUGCCUUCCAUUGGAGUGGAAUUUGUGACACAUAUGGGAGUAAAUUUCCCUGAGUUUGUAGCAUCUGGCAUUGAGAUGCACACCAGUAUCUUCCAUGAAAGCGCCCUCAAUGCUAAGUUAACAAUGGCUGACAACCAGAUCAAGCUGACUAUACCAGCCCCUCAGGGUAGCACUCAACUCCUUGGUAUCAGCAACAGCCUGUUCUCUGUAACCACUGGUCAGACUAAGAAGGUGCCUACGAUGGCAGAGGGCAGAACUGACUCUGCGAAAUGCAGCCCUCUCUUCACUGGUGUACAGUACUGUACCACUCUUCGUUACUCUGAUGCAUCCUCCACCAAUUCUGCUCCCUACUUUCCUCUAACUGGAGAGACUGAAUUUACUGUGGACAUCAAACCCACUGGUGAUGUAACUGAAUACACUGCCACCAUUGCUUAUGAACUCCUCAAGGAGGGAAAAGAUGGACGGCAAAAAGUGGAUGCUCUGAAGAUGAUUCUGAAGGCAGAGGGUGCGCAACCUACUGAGGCUGUGGGCACUAUUAAGUACAAUCGGAACAAGAAUAUGCUCACCACUGAGAUCCAGAUCCCUGAUUAUGAUGUAGAAGCUGGAAUCAGACUUGGUGUCUCUGAUAGGGAUAGCAAAGGGAAGAAGAUCACCUUUGACAUCAUCAACAAGAACAUCCCCCAGCUGUCUCUUGUCUGCCGUGCUAAACUUGAGGCUUCAACAGAUGGUAUGCUUCAGGUCCAGAUGACAAUCCCCUCACUCAAGACUGAUGCCACUGUCACUGCAACCCUGCAAAAUGCUGAGGGGUUGACCCUGGGGCUUGAAAGCAUAAUCAAUAUUCCUGAGACUUCCUCCCAAGAGAAAGUCACAUUCAGAUAUGAUGAAAACAAGGUUGAGGUUGAAUUCAAGUCAGACAUGAGCUCUGAGAUUCAGAAGCUCUUCCCAUAUACAGAGGACUACCACAGGAUGCUUCAGCAGUUCAUUGAUGAUAUCCUGGACCAAAAAGUGGCUAAGACUGACAUGAACAUUCGCCACAUCUACUCCAAAUCCCUUGAGGCUGGUAACAUCUGGCUGGACAAAAUUGCUGCUGAUGUCCCUUAUGUUGAGAACCUGAGAAACAUCCCAGACAUCACUCUGCCUUCUGUACCAGAGAAACUGUUCUUGAAAUCAGAGACCAUGUUCCGGUACCAGUUUAACAAGGAUCGCUUCUCCAUUACUCUGCCUCUGCCUCUGGGUGGUCAGUCCUCCACUGACCUUAACAUCCCUUCCACCAUGACUAUCCCUCGCUUGUCUGUGCCAAAGAUUGGAUUGGAAAUUCCCUCCAGAGAGAUCAGCAUCCCCACCUUCUCCAUACCCCCCAGCUAUGAGCUCCAAUUGCCUCUCAUUGGAAUGGCUGAAGUGUCUGCCAAGCUGAAUAGUAACUUCUAUAACUGGGAAGGUUCAGUCUCUGGUGGCAACAAUACAGUGGACACCCCCAGCUAUAUUGCUAAGUACCAGAUCAUGGCUGAUUCCCCCUUGGAUCUCCUGUCUUAUAGGACAGAAGGAACCGCACAGAUCAGCGAAACCACUGAAUCUAUGAAGACCCUUGUUAACGGCUCACUGAACCACAAGUUUGUUGAUGCAAGCUUCAGUUUCAAAGAGUCCAUGACCAUUACAGAUAGACAGAUGGCAACAGGUGACUACAAGAUUGAAGCCUCCAGCCCUCUGGGUCUUUCAUCAUCCUUGUACCUGACAACCCAGAUUUCAUUUACUGGAGAAGAAAUAGCUGGAGAUGCUAACUUGGAUGGAGCUAUCAAACUGGGUAGCCUUCCUGCCAGCACCUCAUACACCCAGUCAUAUGUCAUCAACCUAAAUCGGAGAGACGCAAGAGGACAGUCAACAUUGAGAGCAGACACUCCUUGGGUAGAAAUCCUCAAUAAUAUUAAGGGAACCUAUGCUAAUGAAGAGCUAUCUGUGGAGUCAUCCACUAACAUGAACAAUAUAUAUCUGAAGCAUGUGACAAAGGUUGACAUCAACUACAAGGAUUCCAGAGUCUCCCUGAAGUCUGACAGUGAGACCAAUGUAAUUAGCACAACAAUCCGUAACCAAGUUGAAUUUGCUGCCUCUGCAGAAAGUGCCAGCAUCAGAAUAGAGUCCCGGGCUGAAAAUUCACCAAACCGUGCCUACUCUCUGCUUUCUGGCUCACUGAAUGCCCACAGCCUUGAGAUCAACACUGAUGCCUCCAUCAACUUCAAAGACCACCAAGGCUCCCACAAAGCUACUCUGAUGAUCAACAGUGAUGGCCUAUCUACUAGUGGUACUACUACUCUGCAGUGCAGUUCACUAACAUUUGAGAAUGUCUUCAAUGGGGGAGUUGGCGGCUCUGGAGCUACUAUGUCUCUGAGUUCCAAAGGAACAGUUCUGCAGCACAGUGCUGACGUCAGUGUAGAAGGGAAAAUUGGAGGCUCUGAAGCUUACCUGAAAAGUGUGCUCAAAGGCAUACUCUUUGAUGCUGAGUCUAAGAACACAAUGGAACUCAAAAUGGACCAAGAGGGUCUUACUUUCUCCAACAAUCUGAUUGGCUCACUACGUGAAAUGAAGACUGAAAACACUCUAGGUCUUGCCCUCAAUUUCUGGACACUGACCUUCAAAUCCAAGAUUGACAACGUCAUUAGUGACAGCACUUUCUACAAGCAGGAUAUCGCAGUUGACCUGAAGCCCUUAAUCACUUCGGUGAAUGUGAACAAUGAUCUUAAAAUAAUGGAUGUUCAUUUAACAAAUAAUGGUCUGUUCAAGCUUGAGCCCUAUAAGAUGGACCUGACUAGCAGUCUGAGUGGAGCCUUUAGAGAAGAACAGAUCAGACACAUGUAUGAAAUAGGCUAUGCUGAUGGGGAAGGUAAAGUUAAGUGCAGCACCACCGGCAAAAUCCUAGGAACUCAGGUGUCCCACAACACAGACUUGGUGGUCUCUGGACUCUCCUCCAAAUUGAAAAGUGAGAUUAAGCUGAACUCCAAAUCCCUCCGUCUAGAUAGUUUGUAUGAAAUAGCUGCUGCCCCAUUUGACCUCAGUAUCGAUGGCAUCCUGAACUCUGAUGGCGAUGUGGACCUGUAUGGAAAACAUACUGGUCAGUUGUACAGCAAGGUCCUUUUGAAGGCAGAACCACUGUCUGUGACCUACACACAUGAUUGCAGAGGAUCCACGACCCACAAACUGGACACAGGUGCUUCAACUGAGACAAGCUUUGUAAGUAAAAUGGAUGGUGUAAUGAAUCUCCAAGAACAGAAGGCAGAAUGGGGUGUGAAGUCCACGCUAAACAAGCAUGAAUACAAGCACAACAUCAACACUUUCAACAACCUUAACAUAAUUGGUAUUGAGCUCUCUGGAACGAUUCUGACAGACAUUCUAAACAAACCUGCAAGUGAGAACCAAGAAUUCACUAUCUCUGGUUUCUUCAAGUAUGACAAGAACAAUGAGGGUCACAUAAUCAACCUACCUUUCAUUGAGAACAUUCCUGUCAUUUUUGAGCAGCUAAAAACAACAAUCGUGAAUCUUAAGGACAAGAGCAUUACCUGGUUGCAGGACCUUGAUGUCAAACAUAGAAUCAGUGCUAGGAUCCAAGAGAAAGCAAGUGAACUGAAAGAGGUUCUUGACAGUUUUGACAUAACUUUGUUUUUCGAGGAUCUGAGAAAUUUUAUCUCCACCAUCAAUAUUGAAGAUAAGAUGGAAAAGCUCAUAGCUCAAAUUCCCACCGAUAAAAUCAUCAGAUUAAUUGACUCCCUAAAAGAGAUAAUCAUUAAGAGCAUAGAAGAACUUCACAUUACAGGAAAGAUCAAUGCUGUCCAUAUAAAAGUAAAAGAGCUACUUGAGAAGUAUGAGAUUGAAAAGACAGUUGAGGCUAUUAUGGAGGGAUCUUCACAACUUAUUAAGAAAUACAAAAUCACUGAUAAAAUGCAAUCAGUCAUUGAUUUUCUGAAAUCCACUGACUUUCAAGGAAAGUUUGAAAAGGUUAGGAAAGAACUGAAUGAGGUGAUAAAUCAACUGAAAGCAAUUGACUUCAAGAAAAUGAUUGGCGAUUUUAAUGAGUUCCUUAGCAGGAUUGUAAAGAAAAUUGAGUCAUUUGAUUACAAAUCGUUUGUGGAUGAAGUGAGACAAAAAAUCAAAACCCCUGCUUUUGGCAAGCUCUAUGGUGAGUUCAGGAUCAGCUCUCCUCAGUACAAUCUCAGGACACAUGCAGAGCUCAAGAACUCAACAACCACCCCAAUGAAGCCACAGGUCACAGCUUCCUUCACUUCUGAAGCUAAAACAAAUGUUGACCUUCUUGCCUAUUCUCUGGACGCUACGGCACUCCUUGCUGCCCCUCGAAUGGAACGUCUUGUCAUCAGUGAAUCUUUGAAGGUUACCCACACAGCUUUCUCAGUUGAGCACCAGAGUUCAGCUACCUUUUAUAGUACAUCAGUUUCAGCCUCAGCCAAGACCAUUGCUAAGGCCACAACUGAGCCCUAUACUGCAGACCUCACCAACAGUGUAUCAUUUGUUUUCAAUGACGGCAUUUUUGCAUCUCUGGACACCACCUACAACCACAAUUUGAACAUGCCACUUGUUGACAUCUCCAGUCAAGCUGCUGCAACCCACAAAGCUACCAUGAAACUUGAAUCUAGUGUAAUCACAGUUAACAUUGGAAACAAAGGUAAUGGAAAGUGGUCCUUUUUGGAAUACUCUGAUGAAGGAACCCACCAGAGCGACCUGGAGCUCACCAUUGAUGUCAAUACUGCUAAGCUAACUUUUACAAGUGACACAGACAGUCAGUCUCUAAAAAUGAAACAGACUGUGAAGGCUGAAUCUGCCAUGCUCAGCUAUGUCACUCUUGAUGCCCAAGCUGAAACUAAAACACCUUUCAUCAAGAGCAGUGUCAUUGCCCUAAAUGGGAAGCUUCAGGUGAAGGACUUGAAAAUUGAACUCAUUGCUUCCCAUGAUACUGAACUAGUCAGUGGAAUUGAAGGGACUCUGUCCAACACAAUCAACUUUUUGGUCCAGCCCUUUGAGCUUGUUCUUGACUGCAAAAACAAGGCAAAUGGAAAGAUAAUACUGCCAUUCAAAUUAAGUGGUAAGAUCAACCUUCAGAAUGAUUACAAUGUGGCCUUGAACUCUGAAGUGCAGCAAAUCAGAUGGGUGAGUCAGGGAAGAUUCAACCAAUACAAGUAUGCUCACCGCUUUACAAUGGAUAACAACAAAAAUGUCAUUGCACUCUACACAACAAUGAAUGGUGAAGCUAAUCUUGACUUGCUGAAUAUUCCAAUCACCAUACCUGAGAUGACUGUGCCAUUAAUCGAUAUGAAAACCCCACCUGUAGAAGAAUUUUCUCUUUGGGAAGAUACUGGCUUGAAGAGUCUCCUGGCAACCACCCAGCAGUCAUUUGACCUAAAUUUCAAGCUUCAGUAUCAAAAGAACCCUGAAAUGUACAAUAUUAACAUCAACAUGGAGCCAGUCUACAAAGCCAUUGAUGUGAGUGCAAAGAUAAUAAACCAAAACUUUGUGCUUGGAAGAGACAUUGCAGUUGCCCUGGUGACUUCUUCAUACAUCCAAGCCAAAGAACAGUAUGAAAAAUUCAAGAUUGAUACUUCCAAUUCAUUGCAUAGGAGCUUCACAAUUCCUGGAUAUACUGUUCCCCUGUUAAACAUUGAUGUUGCUCCUUUCACAGCUGAGUUGCCAGCAUUGAGUUUUGUGAUCCCCAAAGAGAUCCGCACACCCAGCUUCAAAGUGCCAAUAGUAGGUUUUGCAGUUCCAUCGUACAUCCUUGUACUGCCUAUAAUUCAGCUGCCAGUCAUCCACGUACCUGCAACACUGAACGAGCUGACCCUACCUAGUCUCACUCUGCCAACAAUUCAAAACAGAAUCAUGAUCCCUGCCAUGGGUAAUAUGACCUAUGAAUUCUCUUUCAAAUCUGCAGUACUCACUCUGAAUUCCAAUGCUGGUCUUUACAAUCAUGAUGACAUUGUGGCUCAGUUUGGAGUUACUUCAACCUCUGUCUUUGAAGUCCUCAAAAGCAAACUUGAUGGGACAUCCACACUAACAACGAAGAGAGGUUUGAAACUGGUUACUACUAUGUCCCUGGAGCACACAAAUGUUCAGGGCAAUCAUGAAAGCACCAUCGCCCUGAACCCUAAGGGCAUGGAAACCGUAAUGGAAAAUGCUGGCAAGAUCAUGCUGCCCACUAAGACCCUUGAAUUUGAUCAGAAAUUAACAGGAAAUUCCAAGGAUGGCAUCUCAGCUUCCAUCUUCUCUCCAUCUACUGGAUUCCUUGGAUUCCAGCUGCAGAAGAAGACCCAGUCCCAGGUGUAUGGAAGACUGUUCGGACGCUACUUAUCUGCACCCGAGAAUGAUGUGGAGAUACUCACUGUGAAAGCAUCUCUCAAACAUCCAGAAAAACUGAACUUACAGACUUCCUGGAACACAGAGGUUCCCUAUGAGAUGCUCCUGGGGCUGAAGGAGAGGGUUCCUGAUAUUACUGCUGCCCUGGACCUCAAAGAUACUGUCUCUAACACUAUUGAGAGAGUAUACAGUGAGAUUCCGAGAACUGUAACCACGCUGCAGAACGGAAUUGAGCAGAUCAAGGACCAGAGCAAGAUAAUGUACAAAACAGCUGCUGACAGCUUUGCUGACACAAACCUACAGGAAAUGAGCAGACAAAUUUCAAACUAUGCCAGGCAAAUCAUAAACCAGUACCAGAAUAGCAUAAAAGUAGUUCUGGAUGCUAUAAUACAAUUUCUGAAGGAGACCCAAUUCCAGCUGCCUGGAAUUGCAGAGAAGCUCAGAGGGGUUGAGAUCUACCAAAAGGCAAGUCACUUUGUAGCCACGGUGAUUGAAGAUGCCAUACAGGAAAUUCCUACAUUUGUUGCCUUCCACACUAAUACCUUAAUUAAAUUAGUUGAGGACACUGAGAUUACACUACCAGGUUCCAAUCAUGUAAUUAACGGUAAAGAAAUUGUUGAUGACCUGAAAUCCAUCAUGGAAAAAGCCCAGGUCCAAAUUAUCACAAUGGUGAGGAGUCUUCAGGCUGUCAGCCUGGAGGACAUGCUGGAGAGACUGAAGGAUCUGCUUCUUUACUCUGGCAAAAUAGCUGAUGAUUUCAUCACCUCCCUAAUGUCACAGAAUCUUGAUAAUCUCUCAGCCUGGGGCAACGGCAUCUAUUCUGAUGCUGUAAAUUCUCAAGUCCUGAGUGACAUAUCUGUGUGGCUGAAGGACGUCGGGGCAUCUGCUGGAGAAAAGCUAGUCUUCGCCAAAACUAAACUCCAAGAGGUCUACUCCAUGAUGACCAUGGAGAAGCUGAAUGCCAUUCUUCAGUCCUGGAUUGAUGUGCUUGUAAAACGUUUCAACUCAUUUAAUAAUGAAAUCACUGAGCUUCUGAAGCAGAUUUCCCAAAAUGUGCAGCCCUACAUGAGAGUGAGUGACAAAAAAAUAGACAUUGACAUUCCUCUUCCCUUUGCUUGGAAAUCCUCCAAAGCUAUGCCCACAGAGGACAAACAAUGAGUUUUACAAACACUACCAUCUGAGUGGAGAAAGUUGCUUAUCAAAAUAAAAACCAGCUAAGUUGCGAUGUGAACACUUUUUAUUUACUCUUAACAAUUUUCAGCAUGUAUUUAAACCAGUUAUAGUCACCUGCAUCUAGUUGAAGCUGCCAUUGUUUGUUGUGUAAAUGACUCAUUAAUUUUAAUAACUAGUAUAAAAAAUAACAAUUCCUUAUUGUGUCUUUGUUCCAUUUAUGUAUGUUCCAUUGAAGAGCCAACAAAUUAAGGGUAUGAAUAAAGACCAGCUGCACUGCAGAAA